CCUGGCUUACAUUAUACAGUGCUGAGACUGCCAUACUAAUUAGUACUGAACAAAGUGAAUGUAAAGGAGAGCUUUUGUUAUCCUGCCUACGGUUGCCAAUAUAAGCCUAUUUUUUCUGAAACCAUGUUCUUUAUGUUCAGUCCCUGUCAUUCCCAGUAAUGUUUUUUUGCCAGAAAGCACUGUUUGUGUAUACUCUGACGGUGUUGCCAUAACAACCUGGCAGAGUGGAUACUGCUCCAUUUGUCAUGGAGUAAAAAAAAAAAGUUUUAUUAUAGACACACAAGCUUAACAUAUUUCUCUAGAGAACUUGAAGAAGGAGCAGCAUAUUCAAAGUAAAGCGAGCAUGUAUUGUAAUCUGCACAUUGAGAUUCCCAGCUGUGCUCUCUAUAAAUACACCAAAAAACAUCUGAUUACUUGCUCACUUGCACUGCAGUUGCGUUCAGAGUGGAUAUGCUGUGUAGCAUUCUGGUCACAGUGUGAGGCUUACAAGCUACAUGCUGCACAACACCAAUACUCCUGCCUGCUGGGAUUGCACAAAGCAUGGAGUUCAAAACCAAUAGGACACAAGUGUACAAGCAGAACUGAAAACCGGCUUUUCUUCAGGGACACAAAAGAUAAAAUCGGUGGUUGGGAAAGCACAACAUGGCCACACCUAAUGCUGGAAUGUAGAGAGCAUUUAAAAAACAAAGCAUUGCUUGCUCAAUAUCAUAAAUAAUAGUCUAAUUCAGAUUAGCAAAUUCAGGAGAUUUAUAUAGGUCAGAUGAAAUCCGUUUAGAUAACAAAGGAAAGUUUGGACUGCAGAAGUGGCUUUAUGAUUUGAACCUUAUAUUAUAAAUUGCAAGGAAUCUCAGUUAUUAUAAAUGUAUUUAUAUUCAUUAUGUCAGUCACAUUUUGCUCUGUAAUAAACCAGAUAUUGGAAAUAGAUGUUUCAAUCUUAUAUCCAAACCACAAUAUAAUUAGCACACUGUAGCACAAUGCUUCUUUAGUGUUGUAUCUGCAUUACUGCCAGUGUGACAUUUACUGUGGUAAUAUAGCCCUAUUAUUUCCUGCUAAAUUCCUUAUAACAUCAAUGCAGGACAAAGGUUUGGGCUGUGUUUUUCAGAGGCCUACCACCUGUUAAAUUUCCCUCUUUCCCUUUUUACCCCCCACCCCCAAAGUCAGCUGGGAUGAAGGGGGCCCUUUUGUUCCAACAUAGUUCCCUGCAGGGUAGCCAAGCUCGUUCAAGUUGGAAUUUUCUUUCUCUCGCCUCUUGAUCGACGCCUUGGUGCAGAAAAUAACAUGGGAAACAACUUUCUUCAAUGGAUUCUGACGCUUUGCUUGUUUUACUCAGUGUCAGGUGAAGGUUGCUCCCUAAUCCUCAAGCCCUCCAGGGUGGUGGUGGGCUUUGGGGAGCCGGUGUCGGUCAGCUGUGAGGCCGCUCGCCCUGUACGUGUCCUGGGCUGGGAAUCGGCCAUCAGUGCUGCACACACCCAACAGGACCUGUCUGUCCAGUGGAAGGUAGAGAGUCUUAUUGACUGGAUAGAGGAGCCUAUCUGCUAUGGUGUGUUUUUCACAGCCCCGAGACAGUGUGAGGAGAAACUCAACCUCGUCCUCUACAAAACCCCAGAUAGUGUGUCCAUCAGGCCUGUGAACCACACUGGCCCCAUGGUGGAAGGAAAAGAGUACCAGCUGCUCUGCGAGGUUCAGAAUAUUGCUCCGGUUCAGUACCUCACCCUGAGGUGGUACAGAGGGCAGACUGAGGUUUACAACCAUUCCUUCACUGACCUCACAUCUUCCUCGCCUGUCCAAGUGUCCUCUAUCCUCGUAGUCACACCAACCAAAGCCGAGAAUGGAGCGCAGUACAGGUGUGUAGCAGUGCUGGAGCUCGGACCUGAGGGACCACAACCACCUCCUGCUGUGACCUCGGAGCCUCUUAAUGCCUCUGUGUACUUCCCCCCAACAUUCCUCAGUCCUGAACCAGAAGUUUUGGACUUUAUAGUGGGUGCUGAAGUGAGCUUGAACUGCACUGCCACAGGAAACCCCAUGCCUGUGUAUAGCUGGGAAUCCUCCCAUCACAUUCAGGAGAGGAUGGAGGAUGAAGCAGUUCUUUCCUCCUCCUCACUGCUCCCAGGGACUUACACCUGCACUGCCUCUAAUACACUGGAGAAGAAGAGCAAACAGUUCAUUGUCAAGGCCAAGACCAAAGGUGUUUGAAACAAGAGAUGUUGAGAUGGGAUCAGAUGACCACAUUGGACAAGCAAGGAAAAUUCAACUAAGGGGAUUUCACUAUUGCAGCUUUGGAGAUGGAAUUGACAAUGCAUUCAUGACUCAGCAGAUAUUUAUGAGGAUCUUGCCAUCAGGCAGAAUUAGAUCUCAUUUUACAAAAAGAUCUGAAUAUACUAUGUUUGGUAACUGUCAUUUAAUUUGUCUGUGUUUUCAGUAUUCUGUAUGAUAGAUUGGCGAUAUGGGAUAUAGCUCUCUUUUUAUGCUUUCCAUGUGAUAUCCUGUAUCUAAUUUAUAUAUAUUUUUUAGAUUUAUUUUCGUUUUAAUUACCAUGUAACAUUACAAAUGUGUAGUUACUCUUGAUAUAGCAAUGAUGACUACUUUAUCAUUAAUGUAUCAACUUUAAUACUGAAUGCUAAAGAUCAGCAGGCCAUUACUGUAAAUAUAAACCCUUUCUUGAUUUGCCUAUCUUUAUGAAUAAAAGUAAAAUGAAAAA